CGCGCGUGCGGGGCGGCGGCGCGCGGGCAUGGGGGCGCGGGCUGCUCUCGCCGCCCCGCGCUGAGGGACGGGCCGGCGGCGCAGCGAAGCGAAGCGGUAGGCGGCAGCGGCGGCGCUGACGGGGCGGCGGCAGCGGCGAGGGGCGCAGGGGCCGAGUGUGGCGUGGCUGCGCCUGUCGCUGCGGCGAUCCAGCCUCUGCUCGCGGCAGCCUGCUGUCACCCUCCCGUCUGGCAAUGGGGAAUGGACUCUCGGACCAGACGCCGAUCCUGUCCAGCCUGCCUUCCUUCCAGUGCUUCCACAUUGUCAUCUUGGGGCUCGACUCGGCUGGGAAGACGACCGUGCUCUACAGGCUGCAGUUCAACGAGUUUGUCAACACUGUCCCCACUAAAGGAUUUAAUACGGAGAAGAUCAAGGUGACGCUGGGUAACUCGAAGACGGUCACUUUCCACUUCUGGGAUGUGGGCGGCCAGGAGAAGCUGAGGCCCCUGUGGAAGUCGUACACGAGGUGCACCGACGGCAUUGUGUUUGUGGUGGACUCUGUUGAUGUUGAGAGGAUGGAGGAAGCCAAAACAGAACUUCAUAAAAUUACUAGGAUAUCAGAAAAUCAAGGAGUGCCUGUGCUUAUAGUUGCUAACAAACAGGACUUGAGAAACUCUCUCUCUCUCACUGAAAUUGAGAAAAUGUUAGCAAUGAGUGAGCUGAGUUCUUCUACUCCCUGGCAUUUGCAGCCUACCUGUGCAAUCAUUGGAGAUGGACUCAAAGAGGGACUGGAAAAAUUACAUGAUAUGAUAAUUAAGCGAAGGAAAAUGUUGAGACAGCAGAAAAAAAAGAGAUGAGUUCUGUUUUGACCUUUCUCUUUUAGAGUAGUUACACGGUCAAAAUUUGACAUAAGACAGCUUCCAAACCCAGGCCUGCUUGUUUGGAUGCCGUUAAGCUUAGUUAUAUUAAACAAUUGGUUGCACAGCCUUGCCUUGUGGAAGGCUGUGCAGUUAUGGAACUUUUUUCUUUCUUUCUUUUUUUCUUUUCUUUCUUUUUUUUUCUUUUUUUUUUUUGAUAGUCUCUUCUGAGUUUUAAGGCUCUGCAUUAUUUCAGAAGCCCUAAUAGAUAAUGUAAUACUACCAGGAAAUGGAUGGGUGGGUAAAUGUGACAUGGAUGUCUAAAUAGCCAAAUAAGACGAGGGUUUUUUUGCUUAGUGUUGUAUUCAUAUGUUUGAGGGUACCCUCUGCAAGCAAUUUACAUUGAAGGUGUUCUGUGUUUUUAAACUGCUAAUGCUCGUAAGUGGAGUGUUUAGGUGAACAUUAUACAGCUUUAAAAACAUGUAUGGAGCUAGUAAUCCAUUAUUUCAAGAGGCUGUUUUUAUCUUAUUUCAGGAUUCUAUGAAAGCUUGGCUACAUGCGUAGUUUUUUAAUUUGGCACUUUUGAAUUUGAAUCAUGUUCAGUUCAAAUACUUGAAACUCCAGUGCUCUGGCUUCUUCAGCUGAUAAAGACUUGUUUGACAAGUAAAAUAUAAACAACAUGCUGGAGCAUGAAAAAGUGGUUUCCCAACAUAUAGCAUGUUUUGGUAUGUAAGGAUUUUAUUUUUUAGAAGUAGCCAUGAUUAUACAGUGCUAAUCAGGUUUAAAGUACUUGUAUAUCACUAAGAAAUUUACUCAAAGUUCUUAAUUUAUUUUUGGAUGAUGAGUAUCAUGUCUUCAUGCUGUCAAUUUAAGAGUAAAUUAAUUGCAGUAAGGGAGUUGCAAAGAGCAGCUUUGGCUGUUGUGGUUGUAACCAGUGCAGCAUUUUUAGCUCUGUUGGUGACAUUUUUUGGCAAUAAAACUAAAUCAUAAGGAAGUAAAGAUAGGGUUAAACUUAGCAGAGCACAUCUUGUGUCUCCCCAAAAUACCCUUUUUAUUAAAGCGGUAUUGCUCUGUCACUUUCAACAUACACUUUUUUUUUUAAUUGUGACUUUUAAAGUAUUUUGUGGUUAGGAUGUGUUCAUGCUUUAUACACUCAAAACAUUUGACACUAUGGGGGUGGGGAGUGGGGAAGAAGAUUUUAAGAUGGGCCUGUGUUCUGCUUUAAUUAUGCUUUAAGCUGUUCUUGUUUACAGAGUGUGCAAACAGUGUUAACUGGGCAGGAUAGUGCUUGACAGAAAAGGGAGAUUUUUUUUUUUUUUUUUCUUACUGGUACAGAGCUUCAAGUGACUCUUUAGAUACGUGGCUAGUGAUUAAAAGGGCUAAAACAGAGCCUGGAUUUUAAAGACUAACUUUAGUGGUGCUGUAAAAAAAUCAUCAGAAUGUUAGAUUCUCUUUUGACUUUUGUUGGAAAUACCAUAAAAAAAAAAAAAAGUAAAACCUAUUUCUUCCUCUUACUCAGUCAGCAAAGUAAUACGUUUUUAUUACCUACUGCCAUGUAUCAUGAGGAUGACAGCUACAAACCUGAAUGUCAAUCAGUGUAACUUUGAUUAUGUUUUAAAUUUUUUUUUUUUUAACCAGCAGCUGUUUGUCCAGGAGGUAACCAAAAAUGCACUUUAGUGUCUUCAGUAACUGAAAGUAACAGCUGUUUUUUUGGUUCUCUUUCUUUUGUUGUUGUUGUUGUUGUUCUUUUUAUGACAUCUUGGUCCUUUUUGAAUAAACUGAAGUAGCUUCCAGUGGAGCUUUUGUAUGUUGGUUAUAUAUGUACCUGCACUGGUGACAUUGUAAGUCACUUACUCAAGUAAUGUCUAUAUUUAUAGAAAUGUGGAUGACUUCUUAAACCUCAAUAAACAAUUCAAAACAA